GGCCACAAGCGUCCCGGAAACUUGUGGCCGAUCGGAUGAAGCCUAGCUUAGAAACACUUUCUUCCGAUCAAGAGCAAAGUCUGUAAGCCUUGCAAAUUCGCAUCAUUCUGUGGUGAACUGUCUUGGCCGUGGUAAUAGUGGCGGUGGUGAGGAAGAUUCAAAAAAAAUUCUCUGUUGAAUGACCACGGUCACAACUCCUUCAUCAUUGCAAAGAGCUUGGGAAAACACGCGAGGAGCAUAAGAAGAGAAUCCUUACCGCCAGGAUACGAGUUCACCGACAGAAAAUGUCUCCCCAAGGCCCUCUCACUCCCCAGUUUGAGAGGCAAAAGCACAUCCUCUACUGGAAGCGGUGCCUUAGGACCUAUCUUCCAAACCAGUAUACCACCAUGGAUGCAAACCGCAUGAUGCUUGCUUACUUCACCAUCCUUUCACUCGACAUUUUGGGCUCGCUGGACUCCACUCUGUCUUCAGAUGAGCGUCAAGCCUGCAUCGAUUGGAUCUACUUGUGCCAACAUCGAGAUGGCGGGUUUAGGGGAAGCCCACCUCCCGCGGUGGAGAUGGAGGGCCUAGCAAGCAGCGACUGGGAUGUGGCUACUGUACCCGCUACGUUUUUCGCCUUGAGCAUGCUUGCGAUGUUGAAGGACGACUUCAUGAGGGUGAAGAGGAAGGAGUGCCUGUGCUGGCUUCUGAAAAUGCAAAGACCCGACGGAAGUUUUGGCGAGCAUCUAGGGGAGGGUGGCGCCAUCGAAGGCGGUAUGGACACAAGAUUUGGAUUUUGUGCUGCAGGAGUACGGUGGAUACUCAGGGGAAGAGCCGUCGGCGACGUAGAAGGUGUCAAAGACGUUGACGUCGACGCAUUGAUCAAGUGCAUUCGGAGGGCGCAGACGUUUGAUGGAGGCGUGUCAGAGAUGAUAUUCCACGAGCCUCACGGCGGCUACACGUACUGCGCUCUUGCGGCUCUUGCACUAACGGACGGCCUGCCUAAGGAGAUCCAAACGCCGUAUAGCGGCGACCCCAGCACGAGACGAAAUAGUGGGCUCAGCGAUGUAGAAUUCACAACACACUGGCUGGUCUCACGACAAACCUCUCAACUCAAUGCGGAUGGUGAAGAGCCUGAUGAUGAUGAUGAUGAUGAUGAUGACGACGCAGAUGACGAUAAUGACGGCUUAAUCGAUAGCGGAAGGGACCAAUCCGCUGUCACUCCCCUAAUAGCAGGAUUUAAUGGCCGUUGCAACAAGCCUGCAGACACCUGCUACGCAUUUUGGAUCGGUGGCUCUCUCUCCUUGCUUUCUCGACUGCACUUGGCCUCUCUUCCCUCAUCGCGCAAUUAUCUUCUCACCAAGACGCAGCAUACCAUUGGUGGCUUUGCCAAGAAGCCAGGCGACCCACCAGACAUAUAUCACUCGGCGCUGGGACUUGCAGCGCUGGCGCUCAUGGGAGAGGAAGGACUGAAAGGUGUCAAUCCGGCGCUCUGUCUGAGUUUUGAAGCCUGUUCCUGGAUCGAGAGCCUGGAGUGGAGAAGGAACAUAUGGGCUCAGAAGGAGAAUUGACCGACUAGUAUCAUUGAUGAAGCUCACGAGCGUAUCACAGAACUACAGAAUUGAACAUGUUUUGCAGAAACGGUUUCUUCUUGGAGGAGCAAGUGACGGAAUCUUUCGCAUCGUCGCAGCUAGCACGUCCGCCAUGAGAAACGUCAUAACACCCUACUGACAUGAUAAAUAACUUUAUCUCCCCCUCGUAAACGACGCCAUCCUUUCAGGAAUCAUUGUAUAUCAUGAGCAGCACGUAGAAAAACG